CCUGCAUCACACACAGCAGGCAGCUCAGUCCAUCACACCUCGCGGUUCCUGAAGAAGAAGAAGAAGAUGCCCGUCCAGUCCAGUCUCUCUGGCUCCGGUUCCGGCUCCGGCUCCAUCCAGGCCGAGAGUACGCAGUCAGACGGCAGAAGCUUUGAGCAGCUGAGGAACGAAUGUCUGCGGAAGGGGGUUCUGUUCGAGGACCCGGACUUUCCUGCCACAGACGCCUCGCUCUUCUACAGCCAGAGCGCCCCCGUCAGCUUCGAGUGGAGGCGACCCAAGGAGCUGUGCACUGACCCCAAGUUCAUUGUCGGCGGCGCAGACAGGACGGACAUCUGCCAGGGACAGCUGGGCGACUGCUGGCUCCUGGCGGCCAUCGCGUCCCUGACCCUCAGACCAGAAAUACUGGCCCGAGUUAUGCCCCCGGACCAGGAGUUUGACAGCAGAUACGCUGGCAUCUUUCACUUCCAGUUCUGGCAGCACAACAAGUGGCUGGACGUGGUGGUGGACGACAGGCUGCCGUCCGUGAGGAAGAAGCUGGUCAUGCUUCACUCCCCCUCCAACAACGAGUUCUGGUGCGCCCUGCUGGAGAAAGCCUACGCCAAACUGAACGGCAGCUACGAGGCGCUGAAGGGCGGCAGCACCAUGGAGGCCAUGGAGGACUUCACCGGAGGUGUGGGCGAAACCUAUGAGACCAAGAGCGCCCCAGAAACGCUGUUCACCAUCAUGAAGAAAGCUCUGGACCGAGGCUCCCUGAUGGGAUGCUCCAUCGACAUCACCAGCUCUGCAGAGUCGGAGGCCAAGACCACCACCGGCCUGGUGAAAGGACACGCGUACUCCAUCACGGGCCUGGAAGAAGUGAACUACAGAGGUCAGAACACUCAGCUGAUCCGGAUCAGGAACCCCUGGGGGGAGGUUGAGUGGAACGGCCCCUGGAGUGACGGAUCCAGAGAGUGGAGCUAUUUGGACAAAGCAGAGAUAAACCGCCUCCAGGAGGUGUCAGCAGACGACGGUGAAUUCUGGAUGCAGUUUGAGGACUUCAAGAGGAACUAUGACAAGGUGGAGAUCUGCAACCUGACCCCUGACGCGCUGACCGACGACACGCUGCAUCAGUGGGACGUCAAUGUGUUUGAGGGGAACUGGAUCCGAGGCUCCACCGCCGGCGGCUGCAGGAACUACAUCGACACGUUUUGGACCAACCCUCAGUUCAAGCUGGAGCUGAAGGACUCUGACGACGACCACCACUUGUGCAGCGUGGUGGUCGCUCUGAUGCAGAAGAACCGACGGAAGCUGAGGAAGGAGGGUCUGGACCUGGAGACCAUCGGCUUCACGGUGUACGAGGCUCCGGAUGACGAGGACCAAGUGGGGAAGGACUUCUUCCGCUACCACCCGUCUAAGGCUCGCAGUAAGACCUACAUCAACAUGCGAGAGGUGGCCGAGCGCCUCACGCUGCCUCCUGGGAAGUACCUGCUGGUUCCCACCACCUUCCAGCCGCACCAGGAGGCCGACUUCCUCAUCCGCAUCUUCUCUGAGAAGAAGGCGGCUGCUCUGGAGAUGGGGAGCACCGUGGUUGCAGACCUGCCAACGCCGCCGAUGCCGACGCCUCCAGAGGCGGAGACCAGCGAGGAGAAGGGCCUGAGGAGGCUGUUUGACCAGCUGGCGGGUGACGAUCACGCCAUCUGUGUGCGGGAGCUGCAGCAGCUGCUGAACGGCGUCCUCAGCAGGCGGAAAGAGAUCAAAUUUGACGGCCUGAGUCUCAGCACCUGCCACAGCAUCAUCAACCUGAUGGACGUGGACAACACGGGGAAGCUGGAGUUCCAGGAGUUUAAGGUCUUCUGGGAAAAGAUGAAGAAGUGGAUCAUCCUCUUCUUGACCUUUGACACCGACCGGUCAGGAAAGAUGUCGUCCUACGAGCUUCGCAACGCUUUCAGCGCUGCAGGAAUGCGUCUGAACAACCAGCUGCUGCAGCUGAUCAGCCUGAGGUUUGCUGACGAAUCCUACGAAAUCGACUUUGACGACUACCUCACCUGCAUCGUGCGUCUGGAGAACAUGUUCCGAGCUUUCCAGGCUCUGGAUAAAACCAAGAGGGGGCGAGUGAGGAUGAACAUCAUGCAGUUCCUGAUGUUGUCCAUGAAUGUCUGAGGAGGAAAAUGAACCUGUAACGUCCAACUGGCCGGGGUGUGGGGUGUGGGGUGUGGGGGGGUUAAGUCUGACCGACUGCUGCAAUUUGUGCUUUUUCUUUAAAUGAAAACACAUUUUGAAUAAAGCUUUUACCUUUUGUUGUUGA